AUGGCAGAGACUGGCCGAAAUGCGGCUCGAAGGCUGUCGCUUCAGGUGGAGCUGAUGGCCAACUCGUCUUGCAAUGAGGAACGGCGGCCGAGCUUCCUCCGCAAGACUGUGUCAACUGCGAUCCGAGGCAACGAGGCCCAGCAGAAGUGGAAGGCGCUGCGGAAGGGAGCAGCAAGCUCGAAUGACGUGGAGGAGUCCGAGCCCGCGGCAGAGCCUCUAGGGCAGUGCCUUCCGAACAAGCUGUCUUUAUCGCUGGGAGAUUCUGCAGAUGCGACACCGCGACGUAGCUUUAGGACAACUUCAUCAGCUGUCUUCGACGGUCCUGGCAAAGACCUUCUAUCCGACGUGCCACUCUUCAGGGAUUGCACGGACCGGUUCCUUAAGGCCUUGUCCGACCAAGUCCACACCCGACUGGUGCAGCCCGGAACGGACAUCUACCUUGAAGGCGAACGAGGCGACAGCUUGUUCUAUCUCUGCAGGGGCGAGGUGGAAGUCCUGCACGGCGAGGAGGUUCAAUCCAUACACAAGGAUGGUGCAGUCUUCGGAGAAAUGGCGGCUGCCAGCAAGCAUCCGGCUUUGACGACGCGAUCAGCGACGGUGAGGGCAACGGCUCUCUGCGAUGUGAAGGUUCUUCAAAGAGACGACCUGCAGCAGGUCUUGAACCACUUCAGAGAAGAUGCGAAGCGGAUUCAUGAGAAGGUCGAGCGCCACGUGGAAGAGCUCCGCGAGAAGGGGGAGCUCCCGGCAAGGAAGGAGUGGUGGCGAAUGGACACGAGACGGUCAUCUGUUGCCUCGGUUGCUUCGGCGACUUCGGAGGGAUGCAGACCUCAGAAUGCAUGGACGCGGGCUUUCUCAGGCAUGAAGCUGGCAAGGCGACUGUCAAAUAUUGGGCCAACGCGGCCACAUGCCUACACCAUGGCGAUGUCUGCCAUGACUGGCCUUACUGGUUUGACCAGCAAAGCAGUGCAUGGCUUGCCACAUCGGGGCCGCCGAAUGAGCGAUGGUGCUCUGUUCGUGCGUCAGCAUGAGAGGCAAGCUUCGAAAUCCAGUGUUGCAAGCUUGACAUCCAUACGUGAGGGCCAAGUUGAUCCUGACAGUAACAAGGAGAACGAAGGUUCCAGCUCAUCAACUUCCUCGUCCACAAGCGGAAGCAACGAGCCCGAUUGGGCUAUGUUAGAGGAUGACGCAAGUUCACGAAGGCGGAGCAGUGCAGAGAGCCUUGACUCCGACGUUCACGAGGCCAGUCAUUCGAUUCGAGUCCUGGAUCCGUGUGAAAGUGAGCAAGUUUCCAGAAGCGAUCCCCCAGCAGACAGCAAGGCUGAGCAAAUCCGAAGACUCUCUUUGCUCCUCGAUAUCUGGUCUCCCAAGCUUGCAGAAGCGGCAGACUCAGGCGAGCUUGUUGCUACGUUGAAGAUUCAGGACUCGAGACCACCACCGCUACCAUCCUUGGAACUCGCAGCCAGACCUGAGUCCACGCCACGGAUGCCACGGCGACCUCAAAGCCAGGAGGCCAUGAUUCUCACUGCGAAGCUUCCGCGCCCGCAAACCGAUCACGCACCGAAGCGCAGGCGGAAGUUGUAG